AUGUCGAAACAACUAAAGGUGAUGACAUUAGGUGCAACUGGUCAAACAGGACGACAUCUACUCACAAAUCUUUUGUUAAAUCCAUCGAUCUCUAAUAUAACUGAUGCUGGUCGUAGAUCAGCUAUCGAUAGUGGUAUCACCCUUGGUACCACAAGAAAGAAUGCAGGAUCUGCUGAAAGAUUUGAAACUAUCGAUCGAGGUUAUCCAGUUUUAUUUGCAAAAUUAGCACGUGAUACGAAUAAAAAGCCUCAAACAUUAGUUUAUUUAUCAUCAUCGGGAGCUUCACCUACUAGCCCAUUUCUUUACCCCAAGAGUAAAGGUUUGACUGAAUUGGAAUUGAGCGCGUUAGGAUAUGAUCAAACUAUUGUUUUCCGACCCGGUUACUUGGCUGGCACAAACCGAAAUGAGAGUAGGAUGGCGGAGUCCAUAUUUGGAAAGGUGAUGGGUUUAGCUUCCUUUGUCACUGAUUCCGCUCAAAUACCAGUAUCUUCACUCGGCUUAGCUAUCUCAAAGGCUGGAGUUUUAGGUUACUCUGGACUUGAAAAACACGGAAUUGGCUCAAAGGUUUCUGGAAAAGAUGGUCAUGAAUUUUGGCUUUUAGGUAAUGCUGAUGCCAUCAAAUUAGCCCAACUUGAUACUUGAUCCCAUCACUUUCUUCAUCCAAAAGAGAUCUACAAACUUGAGAUUCCAAAACGAUGCAUAAAUUACUGCAAGGAAUCUAGUAAAAGAACCACAUGAGACUUCUAUAGUUAUUCUGUUUUAUCAAAGUUGUGAAAAAUGUAUGUCCCUACUAUAUCAUUAAGAUAAGAUAAUUAAAUCAAUCUUGAUUUGUUUGUAUGAU